UCUCCUGUCGCUGUCAGCUGGGAUCGCGAAGUCUGAUGCAUUGAUUCUGCGAUUAUGCUCCUGCGGAUUCAGUUUGCCUGCCUCUGCUGCCCGACUGCCAGUUCGCAUCGAGGGCGGGGGAAGGCUUAGAAGAGAAGUGAAGGGAAGGGAAGAGAAGGGAUCUGGCCAGAGGCGAGCACCAACUGCUGCCGUUGCUCGUUGCCGCGGAAGCGAGAAAGAAACAGUGGAAUGCGAAGACCUAUCGAGAGGCGAGUAAAGAAAGAAGCGAAAAGGUGGGGCAGGAGGAGGAGGAGGAUGGUUGUCUGUUUGUCGACUCCUGUGCCGGAGAACGGACUGCGUUCGGGCGAGUUCUUGACGAGAUUGAUGGAGUUUUGAACGAAGCGCGGAUUAUGAUAUUCUUUCUUUGCCGGAGGGCCGAUUGUUUCUGCAGAGCGUGCGCGGUUGAGCCCUUCUUCAUGCGCUGCGUGUUCGAUGAGCCUCGCAGUGUCGAGGAGUGAGUGGUGAGUGCGGGGAGGGAGAGAGGCUGGGAUGGCGAGAAAGGCCGGUAUGAAGGAAGAGGAGGAGGAGGAGAAGGGAGCAUAGGCGUGGCAAUUGGGGGAAUUCCAGGCGAGCGAUGGAUUGGAAGGAGUGAAGCUUAUCUUGUUAUCUUGGAGGACUCGUGUUCUGACUUGCACGCCUUGUGAAGCGCUGACAUGGACUGGAGGACGCUGGGCUGGAGGUGGUGAGCGUAGGAACUGAAAGAACGUGCUGAGCGAAUCGGAAUUGGUCGCGGUGGGAGUGUUGCGGAGGGGACGACAGGGGCCGAGGGCAUGGACCGGGGGGUGCUGGGAUCAGCGCCAGCCCUGGAUGGAAACAAAAGGAAAAGAGCUGAUGCCAAGGCAGCCUACAUCACGAGUAUGAUGCAAGGAAAUCCGAAGCUGCUUCUCUCGGAAUCGCCGCUAUUUGAUGGGCUCACUCAACACCAGCUUCCGUUCAAUGUCACUGUGAUUGGAGCGCCUCCAGAUGUGCAGUAUCAAGCACGCAUUGUCCUACGCUUUGCGGACAACUCAGAAACAUGGGGAGUAGGAGUGGCCCGUACGAAGAAGGAGUCUGAACGCGUUGCUGCAGUGGAUGCAUGCAGAAUUUUACAUGAGAAAGGGCUUUUAUUGAGUACAACGAAAAAUGGAGGAAGUAGCUCUGGCUGGGGAGACAACCCCAAAAAUACCCUCGUCACUAGUGUGGCAUUUCGUGAUGUGUGCUGUGGAGGCAACGCACGAGCUUUGCCGAUUACUGUACGCUCCUCUGGUCCAGAUCAUGCCAAGGUAUUUGUCGCCGAGUUGGCUGUUCCACUUCGUUCCCGGAAUGAAGUUUACGUGGCAGUCGGACAGGGACGGAAUAAAUCCGAGGCAGAGCGUGCUUGUUGCACAGCAGCAUGUGAAAAACUGCAUCACGAGGGGCUUUUGAACAAACCCAAUUCACAGAGUCCUGUUCCAACAGUUCCGGCUGCUAAACCGACCUCAACUAAAGCUGUUCAAAUCCAACAGCAAAAUGAGCAGCCGGCAAUUGUUGGGCUACGAGAUGAGGAGCUUGCGAUGAUGGAAGAUGCAUUGCAACGUCUACAUGCGGAGCUACAAAAUUCUGUUCCUCUGAUGUGGCCGUCAGAGCCUGUAUCUAUCUCCAGUAAUGGAGUCCACCAUCAGCAUCAAAUGUUCGAUGGUCCCGCUAGCUCAGUCAGCAGGGAACAGUUGGCCACAGAGAAUGCUAUGAUGAGGUUGGAGGCCAGGAAAAGGAUCUCCUCCUCUGAGUUUGUUGAGCAGAGAAGGGCCAGACAGGCUUUACCUUCGUGGAUGGAGAGACAGAAAAUUGUUGAUGCCAUUUCCGGCAAUCGCGUUAUCGUCCUGACUGGGGAGACUGGAUGUGGGAAGACCACUCAGGUUCCUCAGUUCGUUCUCGAGGAUGCUGAAAUGCAAGGUAUGGGUGCUGAAGUGCACAUCGUGGUGACGCAGCCAAGGAGGAUAGCUGCAAUCAGUGUUGCUGAGCGUGUGGCGUGGGAAAGGGGUGAGGCUGUUGGCAAGAGUGUCGGAUAUGUCAUAAGACUGGAGAGUGCUCCUCCCAGAGUCCGCGGAAGCAUUCUCUAUUGUACAACUGGUAUUCUACUGCGGAGAUUACAGAAAGCUGAUGGAAUGGCAGGAGUGAGCCAUGUGAUGAUUGAUGAAGUACAUGAGCGCGAUAUGGACACUGAUUUUCUCCUUGUAGUAGUCCGUGAACUUUUGGGACAUCAUCCCUCUUUGCGAGUUGUCGUAAUGAGUGCAACCCUGGAUGCAUCUGUCUUCACGAGGUACUUUGGAUGCUGCCCUUUAGUGAACGUCCCGGGAAUGACACACCCAGUGAAGGUUUUUUUCAUGGAAGACCUUCCUCAGUUGAUGGGCCAGAAUAGUCUCGUCGCUGCAAGGCUGAAUAUGGCACGGAUGGGCAUGUCCGAUGAAGAAGACGUUGAUUGUGAACUUGUAGCUUCAGUCGUUUUAUUUGUGGCUCAAUAUUAUUCACAAGGAGAGGGCGCAAUUUUGUGCUUCUUGCCCGGUUGGGACACAAUCGCAAUUGUUCGGGAGAAGCUUCUGAAGACACCACUAAGCAGGGGUCUGAUGUUGGUUCCCUUGCACUCUCAACUCCCAGCUGGGGAGCAACGUGCUGCUUUUACUCGGCCACCACCGGGAAUUCGCAAGGUGGUACUUGCCACCAAUAUUGCAGAGACGAGUGUUACAAUCGAUGAUGUAGUCUACGUGGUAGACUGCGGCAAGAUCAAGGAGAAACAGUUCGAUGCAUCACGGAAUAUGACAACGAUGCGCGUGCAGUGGACUUCACAAGCCAGUUCAAGGCAGCGACAAGGUCGAGCAGGGCGAGUCCAACCUGGAGUCUGUUAUCGACUGUACACUCGGGGGACCUACCAAUCCAUGCUGGAGCACCAGAUACCGGAGAUGCAGAGGGUUCCGCUAGAAGAAUUGUGCUUGCAGAUCAAAGCGAUAGCAACACCUAGUGCGGUGGCUGGUAAUGCUUUGGGAGGCACGGAUCAUGCUCUUUACCAUAAGGAGAUGGACUUUGCCAGCACUGGCAUGAGUGAUAUUGCCACUUUUCUUUCUAAGGCUAUGCAGCCGCCUAAAGGCACUGCAGUUCAUGCUGCUAUUAAGGUACUACAACAACUUGGCGCCAUCGACCAAUUCCAGAACUUGACAAAUCUUGGCAAGACAUUGGCAAAGUUGGCGGUGCACCCUCGAUUUGGUAAAAUGCUUGUUUAUGGAGCACUUCUGGGCUGUCUGGACCCUCUACUCACAAUUGCAGCUGCAGCGUGCUUCAGAGAUCCCUUCAUUGCACCCGUAUCUAGGAGAGAAGAGGCUGAUAAGAUGCGUGAGAGCUUUGCCAUCGGUCCUGCUUAUGGAAGUGACCAACUUGUAUUAGUCGCUGCCUUUAACCAAUGGCUGGCGGCCAAUGCCGUGGGCCAAGGCCAUCCAUUUUGCGAUGCUCAUUUCCUAGCUCCUAUGACAAUGAGGUUGAUAGCAGGCAUGAGGAAGCAAUUUGAGCGAACGUUAUCAGAAGCAGGUCUCUUUGAGCCGUGGGUAAGAAUCAGCAGUCCAGAUGUUGGUGCACAUGUAGCGAGAUCUCUCCUCGCAGCCGGGCUGUAUCCAAACGUUGCUCGGUCAGAAUUGUGUAGAGAGUCCCGAGGGAUGAAGAACGCAACCAAGCACGCCUACCGGUGGCGCUUGGGUUUUCGGGUUCAAAAUGGACGAGUAUUUAUCCAUCCUACCUCCGUGGUGUCAGAGAAACAGUUAAAUCCGAAUCUGCACUACUAUCUCGUGUUCCAGGAAAAGAUGCAGACAAGUCAGGUUUUCGUCAGGGGAUGCACACUUCUUCCUCCCUUGGCUGUGGUUCUUCUAGGUUGGAAUGUACUUGUCUGUAAUGAUCCGGGCCCACCUGUUCUAAAUGGAGAUUGGAUGCUCUUGGAGGUAGAAGGGUGGCUAAGGUUUCACAUUGACAAGAAGGCUGGGCUCCUCUUGCUGCAGCUGAGGCAUGCUUUCGAUGCAGUUUUGGCUCGAUGGGUUAGUGGUAGUACGCGCACCGAAGCGGAGCGUUGUGUUGUGGAGUGUGUGGUAAAUUUACUGGAGGCAACCUGCCAUGACAUGCUCGUGUGUUCCAAUUGAGGGUUUGCGCCUCACACAACUGCGUCAAUCUUUACUCCUCGGUCUCAUUGCUACACUCGAGAGUAGUAUGUAUGAGUAUAUUAUUAAUUUUAGUAGCUGUGUCACAUUUUGUAGAUAAAGGCACAUUGCCAAAUAUUCUGGUGAUAUAAACUUCAGUAUCCGCUAUAUAGUUACUUAGCGAGUUAGUUUGUAGUGUUUUAGGUGGACGAACAGACAAACACAGUUCAUCAAUGUCCCCGUUGAGGAUGAAUAGGAUUCGAUCAUAGACAGCUUCAGUUUUUUCCAGUCCAGGGACGUAGAUGCGGCAGUACCAGAGAUGGCAUCCAUCAUACAAAGAGCUGAUGGAGCUGAGAACGUUGUUUCAAAGGGAAGGUAUUUAUAAAUCUGGAAACUGCCUAGACAUUUUGUACAUGAGCGGUAACCAUCUUGUUGACCUCAAAAGACAGGG